CUCGCAUGACGGUAGCGAUGUCGCUAAACGGUUGGCGGACGUCGGUCCUACUCCACAAUAUAAUAUCUGUCCCCAAUAUGGUGGAAUGGAGUUCACGAUGACCACAUCGUCUGGCAACACUGCCUGGUGGCGGGUCAACUGUAAUAUGUUCGUCAAGGGUCAUUGGCAUGUUGACCGACACUGCCCACCUGGUUCCACUAUUCAGAUUCUGCUUGAGAGACAGGAAAACCGUGAGUACAAAGGUCUCCUGUGGAAUCAUGUCAACAUUUGUCAUGAAGGUAUCCCAACACCCGGUACUGCAGGGAUGUACCUAAUCAAGACUCCGAACGUCCCCAACCAUGCCUUUAUUGAACGUAUUGAUUAGACAGAUUAGAUGAAAACAAUGACUACAGGGUUGGCGGUUUCUAGUGCUAUAUCAUAUAA